AUGUCCCCUGCCAGCGAGACUGGCAUAUCGUUGACUCCUCCACGCCCCAAUGCGCCGGACCAAGGUGCUAGCAAACUAGAAUCUACCCCAAACAGCCGUGGGGCUUCGGUUGUCAGCGAGAACAUCGGGCUGGUCGGUGUCAAGGUGAAGCAAGUACGCCCGUGGAUUCAACGCGAUAUAGAGCAGGUUAAGGAAUGCAAAGCAGAUGCCAUGCUGCAAGCCCUCCUGCAGCGCGCUUCUUCCGCUCCCGAGACUGAACAGCCCGAGCUCUUGCAAAAGUGCCUCAAAGCAGUUCUGCCUGUUUGCAAUGGACAGGCCUCCACCGCGCUGUCAAAGUCCGCUGACGUCAAGACAGCCCUCAACGAAUACGUACGUCCAGGAGUAGAAAACGAUUUCUACAGCCCUUUCACAAGAGCCUCUAACGUUGCGCUCGCUUGUCUUGAGGAGAUCAAGGUCGACGGGAUGCGUGCUCCUGUCCCUGCCGUGGACAUGAUCUGCCAGCAGAACGAUAUGCCCAUGCACCAAAUGCACCAAAAUAAGCCAUCAAUUCGGAAGCCUGACUUGGUCAUUCUCCCUCUGAAUAGUGCAUGUGCUCCCUUCCAGGAUGAGAAGGGCGGCAAGAAGGGUAAACAGACCGGCAAACAGAAGGGCAAACAGAACGACAGACAGAACGACGACCAAAACAACGACGAGAAGGAUGAUGAGCAGCGCAAGAAGAGACGCAAGGCUCAUAUGGACACGAAUGCAACGGUAAAGGCACAAAAUCUUCCCUGGAAAGAUGUUCUCGCUUGCAUCGAGUUCAAGAGAAAGACGCCAGGGAGGAAGAAAGGGAUUGCGCCACCGCCCUCUUCGUAUGCAGUGACAGACUAUGUCCCUACAAAGCCAGAAUAUCUGCCAGUGGAUCAUCUUCGGGCCGCAGACCCGGCGCCAGGCCCCUCGCAGACCCCAGCGGCACAAACUGCGUCCGACGCUGCAAUCGGCCAAGCUGCAGUUCUAUCUUCUGGCCUUGCUCUUGCCCAGCCUUUCCAGGGCGGGUCCAGUUCCAAGCGCAAGGCCACGGACACUUUGGAAUCUGCCGCGAAGAAAUCCAAGACGAACCCCGACGAUGCAGAUGCGGAACUAGAUGUGACCGUCCAGACGGGUCUGUACGCUGCCGAAAUGUUUGCGGCCAAUCUUGCAGUUAAUUAUCUGCUGAAUAUCAUCGUCGUCGACGAUGUAAUGUGGAUCUGGUAUUAUGAUCGGCAAGGGGUCAUUCAAUGCUCAGGCAUAAACUUCAUCCAAGAUCUACCGCGAUUCAUGGUGCUAUUGUAUGCUUUACAACGCUUCGACCUUCAUGAUUGGGGCCGAAGCAGGGACUUCCUCCCGGUCCAAGUUGAUGGGAAACGAUGCCACGAAUUCAAAAUCCAGGAUGAAAAACUCGGAGAGGUGGAUCUGCUGCUUCACACCAGUCACGACGAAAGAGUGACGCACUACGGACUGCAAGGACGUGCCACCAAUGUGGUCCCUGUCACCAGCGAAGCGCUCACGAAAAAAUACGGAAAGCUCCAGGAUGGGAUGGUAGCCAAGAUCUUUUGGGGAGAGGCGAAUCGCAUUAGCGAGCCUGCCAUCUUGGACAAGGUUAAGGAGAUUGCUAAGGCGCAUAAUACCGUAAAAGACCAUAUUCCCGAGCUGCUUUGGCACCACCAGUUCACGAAUCCUACGUCCACCAUCCGAGAAGCGCUCGGCGUUCCGGAGCCCACCACAGGCAGUCGCGUGCUUUACAUACUUGUGUUCCGCAAGCUCCACUCCAUUACGACGCUCAAGACCGAGGACCUUUUCGACGUAUGGCGUCAGUGCAUCCUAUGCCACGUUACUCUAUGGAAGGAAGGGGUCCAUCAUCGAGAUGUCAGCCCUGGAAACCUGAUGUGGUACUGGAAAGAUGGGAAGCGGAUGGGCGUUCUAAACGACUACGAUCUAUCCUCAUUGGCGAAUGACCCGGGUCCUCGGGGCAACGAGCGCACAGGCACGGUGCCGUUCAUGGCACUUGAUCUUCUCACCGAAGAGGGUCAACGAGGCCAAGUUAAACACUUAUAUCGUCAUGAUCUGGAGUCGUUUAUGUGGUGCUUCGCCUGGAUUUGCUUCCGUUACGAGAACGGAGUCCUUCUACCACAGAAAUAUCGCCUCCUUGAUGAAUGGGCGACUUUAGACGCUGUAGCGUGUGGUGAGAAGAAGUACUAUUUUCAGGGUCAUGUGAAACCUCCCCCACGCUCGCACAUACCCGAGUCUGUAUGGAAGUUUCUUGUAGAUUGUUUCGAUGUGCUUGACACGCACACCUUCAAUCGACGUAAACAACUAAUACGAUCGACACAAAGAGGAGACAAGCCGGCCAACUUCGAGGAAUCAGAUUCAGAUAUUGAUAGUUUUCUACAGUCUUUCGAAGAUACCAAGAGCUGGGUCGCGCUUAGUAAAUCCCUACCCUCACACUGA